AUGACAUUGUUGAUGAUCAUGACAUUUGGUGUUGCAGAAGCAUACUAUGAUGCUCCUCCUGGCUUUCAAGUACCACCGUCAAAUGGACCAGGGUCUUCUUCUACAAGUUAUCACUCGCCAGAGGUUCCUCCUCGACAAGCUCGAUAUCCUCAACCAAAUGCUGUUGAAGAACCUCUGUACCCGCCUGGUCUUGACAUUGAAAUUGACCAGAAGCGUGUGUCAACACCAGCUCAUUCGAAUGUGGCUCCUGCUGAUCAAGAAGAAACUCAGCCAAUCCAGUUGAAUAAUUUAGAAAUUGCGCAGCAGGUUUUCGAUCUAUUGCUGAGGUAUCCGCAAGGGCUCCAACUUCGUGAGAUCUCGCAACGAAUUACGCUACCUCAGAAGAAUGGCCAGAAAUUGCACGAUAAUGCGAGAGUUGGCGUAGCUGUCACUACAUAUAAACGCACAUUUUCACUGAGUGCGAUAGGCUCAAAUGGCCGGAUCACAAUCAUCGAUGGAGCGCCAAGGCCAGGAGGCGGAGUGAGUGCAGUUCUUUUCCGUUUCGAAGAACUUAUGCCGUAA